AUGGUUUUUAAAAUAGUCUUUCUUUGUGAUUUGUACAGAAAUUUUAACUUAAUCCUUGUUCUCCUUCUCUUCUCCUCUGUCUUCUUCUUGGUCUCCUUCUUCUUCUUCUUCUUCUUCUUCGCCUCCUCGAAUCCUUUCAUUCUCCUUCUCCUUCUGCUCCUCCCUUUUCUUCUUCUUCCUUUUCUUCUUCUUCUUCUUUAUACAUUUUUCUUCCUCCUUUUCUUCUUCUUCUUCCUCCUCCCUUUCUUCUUCUUCUCGCCUCCUCCUUCCUCCUCCUUCUUCCUCCUUUUCUUCUUUCUUCCUCCUUCCUCCUUUCUUCUUCUUCUUCUUCCCUCUCCCUUCAUUCUCAUCUUUUCUUCUCCUUUUUCCUCCUUCCUCCUUAUCUCCUCAUUCUUCUUCUUCUCCCUUCUCCUUUCAUUCGCCUUAUACAUCUUUUCCUCCUCCUUUUUUAUUCUCUUCCUCCUUUCCUCAUUCUUCUUCUCUUCCUCCUCCUCCUUCCCUCCUUCUUCCUCAUCCUCCUCCUCUUCUUCUUCUCGACCUUUUUCCUCCUUCUUCUUCCUUCUCCUUUCAUUCCUUCUGUAUUAUUCUUAUACAUUUCUUUUCCUUCUUCCUUUUCUUCUUCUUCUUCUUCCUUCCUCCUCCUCCUUUUUUAUUAUUCUCCCCUCUUCCUUCUCAUUCUUCUUCUUCUCGACCUCCUCCUUCUUCUUCCUUCUCCCCUUCAUUCGCCUUAUACAUCUUUUUCUUCUCCUCUUCUCCUCCUUUCUUCUUCCCCCUCCUUCUUCUGUUUUCCAUCCUUUUUUUAUUCACCUCAAAUUUUUAGGCUGGUUUCCUCCUCAUGUUUCCUUCUCCCCUUCAUUUGCCUUCUACAUCUUUUCCUCCUCCUUUUUCCCCCUCCUUCUUCUGCUUUCUAUCUACACAAAAUUUUUAGGCUGUUUUCCUUCAUGUUUCACUCUUGCCUCCAACAUAUCUUUUGAGUUUAUUACUCAGACUUUUCCAUUCAUGAUAUAA